GGGGGAACACCCCUGUUGAAGCGCGAGGGCAGACAGAGAGGGGGGCAGCCACGAGCGCCCAAGAUCCCGGCCUCUGCGGCGGCAGCGCGUCCCCAACGAAACCCCGUCCCGCUUCACCCUCCGCGCCUUGAGAUCUUUGCUGAGGGGAGAAAGAGAGGGAUCGCCAUGGCACUGAGGGCGGCGUCUCCCGUGUCGCACGUGGCGGCGCCGCUGCCGCCGUGCGGGCGGGGGAGGAGGGCGAGCGGGGUGGUGGUGGCCAUGGCGUCCACCAUCAACAGGGUCAAAACAGUCAAAGAGCCCUAUACUCCACCACGAGAGGUGCAUCGCCAAGUUACCCAUUCACUACCAGCCCAAAAGAAGGAAAUUUUUGAUUCACUUCAACCUUGGGCCAAGGAUAACUUAUUGAACCUCCUGAAGCCGGUUGAGAAGUCAUGGCAGCCACAAGACUUCCUACCAGAGCCUUCUUCUGAUGGGUUUUAUGAUGAAGUUAAAGAACUGAGGGAGCGGGCAAAGGAAAUACCUGAUGAGUAUUUUGUUUGUUUAGUUGGUGACAUGGUUACUGAGGAAGCACUACCUACCUAUCAAACAAUGCUCAACACCCUUGAUGGAGUUCGAGAUGAAACUGGUGCAAGUCCAACCACUUGGGCUGUUUGGACGAGGGCGUGGACAGCUGAAGAGAACAGGCAUGGUGAUCUCCUUAAUAAGUACAUGUACCUUACUGGACGGGUUGACAUGAAACAAAUUGAGAAGACCAUUCAGUAUCUGAUUGGGUCCGGAAUGGAUCCAGGUACUGAGAACAAUCCCUACUUGGGUUUCCUUUACACAUCAUUCCAAGAGAGAGCAACAUUUGUAUCUCAUGGCAAUACCGCAAGGCAUGCCAAGGAGUAUGGUGAUCUCAAGCUGGCCCAGAUAUGUGGCACAAUAGCAGCUGAUGAAAAGCGCCAUGAGACAGCCUACACCAAGAUAGUCGAGAAGCUCUUUGAGAUCGAUCCUGACUACACGGUGAUGGCGUUUGCGGACAUGAUGAGGAAGAAGAUCACAAUGCCUGCUCAUCUCAUGUAUGAUGGCAAGGACAACCACCUGUUUGAGCACUUCAGCGCGGUGGCGCAGAGGCUGGGCGUUUACACCGCUAAAGACUACGCCGACAUCCUUGAGUUCUUGGUCCAGAGGUGGAAAGUUGCCGAUCUCACUGGGCUAUCUGGAGAAGGGAGGAGGGCGCAGGACUUUGUCUGUACCUUGGCACCGAGAAUCAGGAGGUUGGAUGAGAGAGCUCAAGCAAGGGCGAAGCAGGGACCGGUUAUUCCUUUCAGUUGGAUUUAUGACCGCAAGGUGCAACUUUAAUUGAGAGCAGUAGGCAAUGGGAGCACAUUCUAUAUCUGUUUUGAGUCCUGGGGUUCUCUAUAAGAAAGAAGCCUGUAGGUUAUCUAGCUGGGUAGAAUUCAACUACUUAUCAAUCUCACUCGCGCAAAGUAUGCUAUCAGUUGUCUUGUGUGUUGCAAGUUUGGAUCUGGUGAAAAGACUCAUGUGGGGUGCCUUUCUGGCAGCCAUGAACGGCUCCAUUUCAACUGAGUAAACUUGUGUUGUAUUGAAUAUGGUGAAAUGUGAGAUUUACAGGACUCAUAAGUUCUAAAGUAAUAAUAUGGAGAUUGUAUAUGGACAAGCUUGCUAUGGUGCAUGUUGAGAAUCUAAGAUUAAGUACUUUCUGUUACUGGAUU